AUGGUUAUUCAAGAGGUGCUGCGGCUAUACCCGGCAGUGAUAUUUGUGUCAAGGCAAGCCUUGGAAGAUGUGAAGGUGGGGGAAAUGUUGGUCCCCAAAGGUGUGAAUAUAUGGAUAUGGAUGCUAGAGUUGCACAGAGAUCCUGAACUUUGGGGACCUGAUGCUUACAAGUUCAAUCCUGAAAGGUUUGCCAAUGGAGUUUCCGGGGCUUGCAAGUGUCCUCAAGCCUACUUGCCCUUUGGUGUUGGUCGCCGAGUAUGUCCUGGACAGAGCUUAGCCAUGGUGGAACUGAAAAUACUUUUUGCUCUCAUUGUAUCCAAUUUCACUCUCUCUGUUUCUCCAAAAUAUAGUCACUCCCCUGUUUAUGGUUUGCUUUUGCAGCCUGAACAUGAUGUUGUAAUAUUGUUGUGGUUUCUCUCGUCGGUGUCUCUUGCUGGUGUCUUUCGCAGACCAUUCUCGCCCGACCGUUCGCAUCGCUCCGAGUUGAAACCUCGGUCCUUCAAAUCCUUGAGAUUUCCUGGCGAGUCCUUCGAUUCUUCAUCACCUUCCUCCCUCACUUAUGGAAUCCAUGCCUUUCAUUGCCCCGACCCCGUUGUGCAAGAGACUCAGAAUCCAGAAGUUGCAGAUUCUCCAACCCCAGAUGGAAAACGUGGUUCUUCAUCAAAAAGCUACAUCUGGGUCAAUCCCAGUAGCCCCAAAGCUUCACAGCUUCGACGGAAAUCUUACGAUGCCAGGUAUACCAAACUAGUGAGGUUAGCUGAAGCUUUGAAUUCUUGUAAUUCCACUGAAGAUGAUGUUGCGAAUGUUUUGGAGGAUUUAGGUGAUAGAAUAGUAGAACAAGAUGCUGUGGUUGUUCUCAAUAAUAUGGUUAAUCCUAAAAAUGCAUUGCUUGCUCUCAAGUUCUUUCAAAGUAAAUUGAAACCUAAGAGGGAAGUAAUUCUUUACAACGUAAUGUUGAAGGUGUUUAGGAAAUGUAAGGACUUGGAUAGAGCAGAGAAGCUGUUUGAUGAAAUGCUUGAGAGAGGUGUUAAACCUGAUAAUGCUACCUUUUCAACUAUGAUUAGCUAUGCUAGGAUGUCAUCUUUCCCUGAUAAGGCCGUUGAGUGGUUUGAGAAAAUGCCCACUUUUGGAUGUGAUCCAGAUGAUGUUACCUACUCGGCAAUGAUUGAUGCUUAUGGUCGUGCUGGUAAUGUUGAUAUGGCUUUCAGCUUGUAUGAUCGUGCUAGAACAGAGAAAUGGCGCAUUGAUCCGGUGACAUUCUCUACUUUGAUUAAAAUUCAUGGGCAGUCAGGGAAUUUCGAUGGGUGUUUGAAUGUCUAUGAGGAGAUGAAGGCUAUAGGGGCCAAGACAAAUUUGGUUAUUUAUAACACCUUAUUGGAUGCUAUGGGAAGAGCUAAGAGGCCUUGGCAGGCCAAGAAGAUUUACAAAGAGAUGACUGAGAAUGGAUUUUCCCCAAAUUGGAUGCCAAGAUUGAGAUUGUGCUGGGGAAGUCUAAGAAAUUUGACUCUCUUAUGACUGCUGCUGUGGCAUCUGAGUUAGCUACUAAAGACAAGGAAAAUGUUAAUAGAAACCUUCUUUUU